AUGGCGCCUCCUGCGAAGAAGAGACGGACCACGAGAGCCGCGGCCAAAGCGGAGGCCGAGCAGGAGAAGGCCCAGCCAGCACCUCAGGCUGAGCCAGAACACAACACGGAGGAGGAAGAACAACCGCAACCAGAGUCCAAGCCCGAGCCGCCCGCGCCCACGUCCACAGAGCCGACAGCCGAACCCACAACCGAGGCAGCGACCAAGCCUGCGGUCCCGGAGCCCGAGCCCGAGCCCGAGAAGCCCAGCGCCGCCGAUGCCGCCGCCAAAGCCAAGGAGCGCAUGGCACGGUUCAAGGCACUGCAGGCUCGAGCCAAGACGUCGUCCGAAACGAAUCUGAAGGAGGCGACCAAGGAGUCGCAGCGUCUUGCCAGCGACCCAAGUCAGCUCACGGCGCUCCACCGCAAGCAUGCUAUCGCGUCGCACAAACUACUCAAGGCGGACGUCGAAGAGGCGGGCGAGGACUUUGAGCGGAAGCGGGCAUGGGACUGGACGAUUGACGAGAGCGAGAAGUGGGACAAGCGCCUGAAGAAGAAGGCGGCACACCGCGACAACAACGCGUUCCGCGACAAUCACCAAGAGAGCAACAAGGUGUACAAGCGGCAGCUCCAAAACAUCAACCCAGAUCUCGAAAACUACGACAAGCAGAAGUUGGCGGCGAUCGAGAAGGCGGCAGCCUCUGGUGGACUGGACAUUGUGGAGAUGGAGGACGGGGAGCUCAUCGCCGUGGACAAGGACGGGUCUUUCUACUCGACUGCCGAUACGACGUCGUUUGCGCAAAAUAAGCCGGACAAGGCUGCGGUGGACCGACUGGUGGAGGAUCUCCGAAGGGCUGACGAGCAGAGACUGAAAAAGAGGAAGGAACGCAUGGCCAAGAAUGGCGACGAGGGCGACGUGACGUACAUCAACGAGAAGAACAAGCAGUUCAACCAGAAGCUAUCGCGCUUCUACGACAAGUAUACGGCGGAUAUCAGGGACAGCUUCGAGAGAGGCACGAUGAUAUGA